AUGCCCGUGUUGGUUGCUAAAGCUUUGACCUUCGUGUGCACUCUCUUCCGGGUGUCGGGGACGCGGUCAUCAGACCUUGAAAGCUGGUGGCCGUUCUCCCCAGCUUCUUGUGGAGGAGUCCAAAGUGCUCGCAGAGCCUCCUGGCGUUCCUCAACGUGUGUGUGCCCCACUCAUCAGCUCUUUGGAGCUGGCUGUGGCAAAAAAAUCGAAGAGCUAUACUUACCAGCUGAUAUUUCGGCUGAACCUUUGAAGUUCUUGCCAGCUCAAGUUGACGACCCAAAAGAAUGCUGGUGUCUUCCAGUGCUUCCACGGAGUUUGCAGUCCUUCGAAGUGCGGGUCCGGAGGAAGCAGCUCCAGCAGCAACUCAAGCAGCGCAAUGCUUACAGUCACAUCCAGAAUCAUGCCUUGAAGUUUUGUGCGGGACUCUACGACUUGGCUAAGAAGGAGCUCCCCGAGACGACCGACGGGAAUUAUUUGGAGAACCAGCUUGAGGCUAAAGUCAAAAAAGCUUUAGGCCACGAGGAAGCCCAGAAGAUCUGCCAGACGGCCUUGGAUGGGCAACUGUCGCCAGAGUUGGCCGACGAGGAGCUCUUGCAUCCAGAACAUCCGGUGCAAGAUCCGCAGCCCGAAAGCAACACUCGACUCUACACGGUUCUGGACAGAAAGGAGCAGACCAGAGACAGCUGGAAGCAGCUUCUGAAGAACGUCUGCACCGACGAGUGCCAUGAUCUCCUGGGCCGAAUGAGAGAUGAGCUGCAGAACAAUCACGGAUACUUUGAUCGAGCGAUGUCUAGAAUGAUGUCUGGAGCCUUGGCCCCCACCCUGGUGCAGGCAACGCUUGUUAUCCCAUCAUCCUUCGGAAAAAUUGGCUCCAUGAGUGUACCGGAGCUGUGUGCGCGGAGCGUGGUGCGAAAGGUCGAGGCCGAAGUCCUGACCUGUUGCGCGGAGGAGUGCGGCUGGGAUGAGCAGCAGUGUCAGCUGUGGCCCUUUAUGGAUGCGUCCGAGCAGAGAGACUGGAAUGCGCGGUGCUGUGCCGAGGGCAUUAUCCUGAAGGGCUCCAGCCGGGAACGCCUCUGCAACAGCGUUCAGCCCCGCGCCGUGCUCGAGGACUUGGAGAAGGAGCACAUCGACCCAGCGCCCCAGACCUCGCAAGAUGCAGUCCGAGUGGGCCAGGAUCUGGAGGACACAGAGCUUCAGAAAGGUCCAUCCUUGCUUCAGGCCGUUUCGGUGCACCAGCCUCCUCAAUGCAACAUUGCCACUGGCUUUCGAAGCUGCAAGAAUCCAGCGUCGUACAAGAGAUUCCUUGAGCUUUGCGAGAAGAAGGAAGAAGGAUGGCAGUUCCUCGCCUCGGCUCGACACUCAAGGCUCAAGGGACAUGCAGAGGCCCUGAAGGAGACCGGCGUCAGCGACUGCAACAAGAAGCUCUCGGAGGAUGGCAUUGACUCAGUGUCCUGGCUCGGCUCAGACAAAGCUGCUAUGUCAUCAAGAAGCCGAAAGAACUUGAACCCGACGUCCAGACAGGUUACAACGAUGUCAAGAACAGCGUUAGCGAGUUGA